CAUCACAACUAUCAAACUAUACAACAGAGUUCCAAAAAAGCAAAAAGAAAAAAGAACACAAUGGCUUCUAGAGCCUCUCUUCCUCUCGCCGCCUCCUUCCUCCUCCUUCUCAUCUCUUCCUCCUUCGCCGCUGACACAGGCCGUCUCUUUCUCACCGUCGUCAACCACUGUCCCUUCACCGUCUGGCCAGCCAUUCAGCCCAACGCCGGCCACCCCGUCCUCGAAAAAGGUGGCUUCGCUCUCCCAACCAACACCCACCGCUCCUUCUCCGCACCAACCUCCCACUGGUCCGGUCGCAUCUGGGGUCGUACCGGCUGCUCCCACUACAACGGCAAAUUCUCCUGCGUCACCGGAGACUGCGGAAACCGUCUCGAGUGCAACGGUCUCGGCGGCGCAACCCCGGCUUCUCUCGCUCAGUUCGACCUCCACCACGGCGGACACCAAGACUUAUCCUCCUACGGUGUCUCCCUCGUCGACGGUUUCAACGUUCCGAUGACGGUGACUCCUCACGAAGGCCGUGGUGUUUGUCCCGUCGUUGGCUGCCGCGAAGACCUCUUGAAAACGUGUCCGGCUCAUCUUCAGCUCCGAUCAGGACACGGUGGGCACGUGGUGGCGUGUAAGAGUGGGUGUGAGGCGUUCCGUACGGACGAGCUGUGCUGUAGGAAUCAUUACAACAGUCCUCAGACGUGUCGUGCUUCGACACACUCUCUGUUCUUUAAGCACGCGUGCCCUUCGACUAUGACUUUUGCUCACGACAGUCCUUCGCUUAUGCAUGACUGUUCUUCUCCAAGAGAGCUCAAAGUCAUCUUCUGCCACUAAUGUGUGUUCUCUUGUUCGGCUUGUUCUAUGGUGUUGUGACAGUGAUAAUAUCGCACUAUAUCAUAUCUAUCUUUCUGGUUUUGAUUGGUUUAGUUUGCGAUUUCCCGGUUCAGUUAUGUAGUUGUUCAAAAAGUAUUGUAGUCCAACUAUGAAAUUAUGAAUUCUCUUUUAAA